GCUGAGUGUGUCUUGCAGAUAAGAGAUAAAGAUAGAAGAGGUAAGGUAUGGAACCAACAGAUAAAACCAGCAGCCUUUGAGUUAAAGAAGACCAUCUACGCCUUACUUGUUUUAGCAGGACAAAUUUCAGAAUAUAACGCAAAAAUGAACUCACAAUGUUCAAAAUGUAAAGCAGCAACAAGGAAAUAUAACUACUCCGUCAAAGAGAUAGAAAGAAUGAGAAAAGACCAUACUGACUUAAAGAAAGAAGUAGAGAAACCAGCAGAAGAUAAAAUGGACAUGUUGACAUUUCUGAACAAAAACUAUCCAACUGCUAA